AUUCGGAGUUGCGGCGCGUGCGCGUACUAGCGUUGGUAAAUGCAACGGGAAGUGCGGACGGGUUGUUUAUAAUUUCUCACUAAAAAUAUGGUAAAAUCAAAUGAAAAUUUUCAUCCACGUACGCGUCCGUGCAUAGUGAAGUGAAUGGUUAGUUUUAAGGGGUUUUCCGAAUGGUAAAAUCAGUGAUAUUUAACGGCAAUGUUUGUUUUGCAUACGUGAGGUUUAGUGUGUCAAUCAUGGCCGCCUGAAAAAUUUGACGAUCAACAAAUUUAAUAAAGUAGUAAUUUAAAGAAACAUGUAAAAACUGAAUAAAGAGUGGUCCGGUUCACGUUUCACCGCUGAAUAGUUGUGAUUUAGGACGUAUUUUUACUAGACUUCUAUCAAAAUGGCGGAGGCGAACGUUCCCAGGAUCCCAAAAAUCAUGGUUUUCCGACCGACAUGGGAGGAAUUCAAGGAUUUCUCCAACUACGUAAAGCACAUGGAGUCGAAAGGAGCACACAAAGCCGGUUUGGCAAAGGUUAUACCGCCUCCUGAGUGGGUUCCCCGAAAAUCUGGCUACGACGUACAAAACCUCGACAUCUCGAUCCCCGCCCCGAUCUGUCAAGUCGUCACCGGCAAACAGGGCUUGUACCAACAGAUCAACAUCCAAAAGAAGUCGAUGACGGUGAAGCAGUACCGCGAUCUAGCCAAUUCGGAAAGGUAUGCCACGCCUAGACACUUUGAUUACGAGGAUUUGGAGAGAAAAUAUUGGAAGAAUAUCACUUACGUCGCUCCUAUUUACGGAGCCGACGUUUCGGGAAGUUUAACAGACAAUGACGUUAAUGAGUGGAACAUCAACCGGCUGGGAACCAUCUUGGACUUUGUGAACGAAGAUUACGGAAUAUCCAUCGAGGGUGUGAACACGGCUUAUUUGUAUUUCGGGAUGUGGAAAACCACUUUCGCUUGGCAUACCGAGGACAUGGAUCUCUACUCGAUAAACUACUUGCACUUCGGUGCGCCCAAGACUUGGUAUUCGAUUCCUCCGGAACACGGAAGGAGAUUGGAGAGGCUGGCGAACGGUUUCUUUCCGGGUUCUUAUAAAACUUGCCAGGCGUUUUUGAGGCACAAGAUGACCCUCAUUUCGCCGCAGAUCCUGAAACAGUAUUCUAUACCGUACAACAAGAUAACGCAGGAAGCGGGCGAGAUAAUGAUAACGUUUCCAUAUGGCUACCACGCAGGUUUCAAUCACGGCUUCAACUGCGCCGAAUCCACCAACUUUGCCCAGGAGCGUUGGAUAGAAUACGGCAAGAGGGCAUCCCAGUGCACCUGCAGCAAAGACAUGGUGAAGAUAUCCAUGGAUACGUUUGUGAAGCGGUUUCAGCCCGACAGGUACGAGAUGUGGCUGAAGGGUGAGGAUAUCGGUCCGCACCCGGAGGAGCCCGAUCGCAAGGUUGCGGCGCCCCUCCCUCUGCCCCAGGACAUUCUCUGCAACAAGAACAACCCCACGUUGCCGCAGAGCUUCCUGGAGGCGCCCAAGAAGGCCUCGAGGAGGGGCCGCAUGGCGGCGUACAGCCAGAGCUUUUCGAUGUCCGAGUUCCCCGCCGCCCUGCAACUGGAACUCAUGGAGGAGGACAACAUGGCGUACGGGGCGGAGGAUCUGCCCCCCGACGAGCAGCAGCUGGAAGUCCUGGAGGACAUCUGGCUCAAGGCCGGCGAAAUAGAGGCGGAAGACGCGAUGAUAUGCGACGCCGGAUACAACGUGAAGAAGAGCCGUAAGUACUUCCAGAAGAAGAAGAGGGGGCCGCGGGAUCCCAACAAGCCGCGGAAGGAGAGGAAGAAGCGUGACGACGACCGGAACAAGUCGAGGAAGGAGGAUAGCGGCACGGACGACCUGACGGGGCUGUACACCACCUGCGACAGUAAGAGCAAGAAGGUUUGCGGGAAGAUCGUGGCUCCGAUCGAGCUGGACAAGCAGAACCUCGACACGGCCGAGCUGGUCAAGUCGUUGGUGGCGCAGGAGACGAGCAUGCUGCUCAGCCACAAGAAGAAGCACAAGCACAAGGACAAGGACCACGAGCACAAGAAGCAUAAGAAACGCAAGCAUCACAGCUCGAACGCCUCCUCGGUGUCCGACUCGGACUCGAUCAAGACGGAAAAAUCCAAUCCCGAGGUCAAAGAGGAGAUCGACAGCAUCAUCAGGGCUGCCGCCGAGGAGCACGAGCAGUCCCUGCUCGAGUCUUCCCCCGCCAAUCAGUCCACCGGUUUCGAUAUAUUGUCCGACCAGCCUAGUCCUUCCUUCCUCCCUAAGUCCACCACGUCCGACCUGAAGCUGUUCAGGAGACCCAAAGAGACCAAGAAGCUCCUGAAGAGUAAGGUGCAGACGAUAAAAACCUCCAAGGGCAUCAUAACCGUGCUGGAGGCCAAUCCGAUAAUAAGCAAACCCAAAGAACCUCCGCCCGUUACAACUUCUGCCGCGAAAAAGGGUCCGAGCUUGUACGAGAACGCUUUCCUGAGCUUCUUGUCCAGUCAGCUGAAAGAGGACCCCACAAAGAAGGACGUGAAGCCGAAAGGCAAGAGCGUGAACCCCAUCAAACCGCUUCCAAGGGUGGAAGUCAUCUCCGUUCCACCUAGAACCGCCACAACUCCGACGGACUUGUCGAAACCAACGUCGACCGUCUCCGCAGAUAUUAAAAAUAAACCCACGACUCCAAAUAAUGCCCCGACGGUCAAUACCACAGCAUCACCGUACGCUAAAGGAAAUAUUUCCUCUUUACCAAACGCUUUCACGGCGAGUCUCCCCAAAGACGUUAAAAUAACGUCGACCAGCCCGCAGGGGGCAGCGAAUAUGUCGAAGGGCGUAACGUUCCCGUCAAGAGACGGGGGUGAGAUGCAUGGUAACGUAAUUUCAUCCGCCCCACCCAGAAACGUCAAAUUGUCACACCCGAUUCUGAGGGAACCCAGGUUUUCCCCGAACUUCUCGCAGACGCCUCCGAAAGACGUCAAAGUGUACCCCGGCAAGCAGCCGCAGUUCAGCGCACCGUUCGCGGCAGCGUUCGACAGCAUGCACACCAUCACGAACGUCGAGAGAAGUCCCGACAGCGUCAGCGUAACGAAGCAAAUGCCGCAGCUGAGCAUUCCAGAACCCAAAGACCCGCACAUAGAGCACGAACAAAUGCCGAUGUUGGACCCUCAUUCGCCCCUUAUUCGGCAGGGGGUGGCACCGCACGUUUCCUCUACGAGUGCCGUGGGGCAGCCCUCGACGGCGACUGCAACCGUUCCCAUAGCGAAUCCCGCACCAGUGGUCGCGGAUCAGGGACUGUUGAACGUGUACAGCAUUAAAACCCUUGAGCCCGCUAACGGGUUGGAGAAGAUCGAACAGUGUGUGACCGAUCCACAGAACAUUACGUCGGCUAUGCCCGUUAAACAGCACAAACCCAACUUGAUCUGGAACAAUCACAAAUAUUACACUGUGAAUCAGUGUCCGGAGACUACAUACAUCAAUAACGACAGGUUCUAUCCCAUGACGCAGGCUCCGAUAAAGCUCGAAGACGACCCCGACAGAAAAGUCGUGGUGGAGUCUAUUCCAGAGGACGUAAACGAGGCCAUCACCGCCUUGAGAAACCAAGAGUUCCAAAACAGGACAGAAAGAGAGGAGAGGGAAUACAAAAAAGACAGCUCGUCUUCCUCCUCGUCCAGUUCGAGCGACAGCGAGUCCGAUUCCGACACGGAAGACUGCAAAUUGCAGUUGAGCUCCGAGGAAACGUCCUGCUACUCCCCGGAUGGUACGGAUCUCUCGGACACUUCUUCGGACGAGGACGAUCGAAAGUUUAACGUGGUGCAACCAGAGACGAAAUUCGAAAGGUGUUUCCAAGAAAUCCGAAAAAGUACCGUCGAUAUUAAAGAAGAAUCAAACUCCUCUGAAAAUUUUAAUCGAUGUGUUGCAGAUGAGAAGGAGAACGUCGACAACAACCUGAAGGAGCCGGGCUUGAAACGACCGGCCGGCAGGAGGGGGAGGAAGCCGAAGCACCUCAAGAAACCGGGUUUCAGGAGCAAAGCCCCGGAAACGUGUCAGAAAGGUAAAAAAGGUCGAAAACCGGCCAAAAAGUCGGAGAGCCGCGCGCGGAUCCGACCGUACCUGUCCGAAAUAAUCCUGGGGGUCAGGAAAAAGGGCCGUCCCAACAAAAACGUCCAGCACAAGUUCACCGCCAUUAAGAGCAUAAUCAACAAUUUCAAGGACCGCUUCAAUUUCAAACCCAAAAGGGGUCCCCAACCCUGCGAUCCCGACGCGCCCCUGAGCAAAUACCUGGCCUACAAGAAGGCCAGCCUGACUCCCCUGGAUUGUUGCGUAGAGGUACCGGACGUCUUGAGCCGUUUCAGUCGCGACUUCCAGGAAUACCUCAAAUCCGGCCUUACCCUAUUCAAUGUCAGUUCUAUUCCCAUAGCCCAGACCCAUCCCGCUUCUGACGUCCCGAAGGAAGAGAAUAUCAGGGACGGCAGUUCCAAGGACCAAAAGAGAACACCCAACAAAGCGAACGGAAACCCGAUCGCGCAAGGCGACGUAGUGUGGGCGAAACACAAGAACGGCAGGUAUUACAAGGCGAUCGUGAUGGACGUAAAGAUGGAGUCGCAGAUGUGCGUCUUCUUCCCCGAGGACCAGAGCUUCUCCAAGGACAUAAUACUUAGCGAUAUCGUGAACUGGGAGAAGAUCCAGACGCCCAUCAUCGGGCAGAGACUUCAGAUACGGUGGAUCGACGGCAAGGUGUACGACGCGGAUUACAUCGGCAAGGUGGAUUAUCCCGUCUUUACCGUAUUAUUUGAGGACGAGACGACGAGUCACUUACACAGAGAAUACAUAUACGCUCUAAACGAGUAUAUUCCAAAGCGUAUAGUUUCAAAAUUGUCUUACGCCACCGAUAUGAAGAAUCGGGAUCACCUGUACGACCUGGAGAGCCCGCUGCCGGAGAAGCGGCCGGUGAAACGGAAAAUGUACGAGGAAGACGAAUAGUUUAGGCUGAAUAGUUUAAUUGAAUUUCUUUUUUGAAGACUGAAUUCCAAAAUAGUUUUUUACAGGCUCUUGUUUUUUUUUUUUGUAUGGAAUUGAUCGGGUUCCGGUCGGAUUCUCUUUGUCCGUAGAUUUUUUCGAUUUGUUCUCGACGAAGGAAAUUAUAUUUGUGAUCGACUUUGAUUAGUAUUCCCGUAUCAUUUUUUCGAUAGGAAUUUUGAUCACCGUAUUUUUAUCUUUAGCUGUAGUAGUUUUUUAAGUGUGUGUGAUAAAAAGUUGUAUUUAUUUUUGUUUUAAUGUAAAUACCACAAGUUUAUGAUUACGUUCCCUUAGGUUUCUGUAUAAAAGAAGAUGUAAAAUAGCGCAAUUAUGUCUAAAGUAUUGAUAAAAUACAAAUAAAUUAAAUAAUGUUCAC